GAACACAUUUAGAGCGUUCUGAGAACCCGAUUGGAACACAUACGUGCGGUAUUCUUAAAUGUGUUCCGUUCUCAUCACGUGAUGAGAACGUUCUCAGAACGCAGUGCGGUAAUCUCCACUAUUAGCUUAACAGUGACAAAAAACUGGAAAUGUCUCCUAAAAUAUAACUUCAGGCCUAGCAUCUCCAGUUUGAAAGGAUACACUCUGAGUAUUAUUAACUAAAUUGAGAUUGAAUUACUGCCCCUCACAUCAUGUAUUAGCCCACUGCUCUGUUCUCAUUAUAUAUUUUAUUGUGUUUUUAAUAGAUAUUUUAAUUGUAACAUGUUUAAUCCUGUUUUAAGGGGGGGGGAUUUGGGACAUAAUGUUGUGAAUGUGGAUAUUUUAAUGUGUUGUGAGCCGCUUUGAUUGUCUCAUCACAGAAAAGUGGGAUACAAAUAAAAGUUUUAUUAUUUAUUAUAAUAUUUCAUGCUUUAAUAUAAUUUAGAAAAUUUUAGGGUUUGAUUUAUUAGGUUGUUAGUCAAGCAUUGUUUUGGAAAAGCACCAAAACAUUGCUGUUAGAACAUAUAUCACUUAACUUACCUUAGUCAAUGAACUUUCAGAUAAUUCUACAUUAGUUGGAAAUAUGAAAUAAGAUGAUAAGGAAGUUUGGAUAAUAAUAAAGUUAAUUAAAUGUAAGAUAUUAGAAUUGACUGACCGGGAUAGAGAAACAGGCAGAAUAUAAAUGAUACAGAUGGUCACUGUUUGUUUUGUUAAUGUCAUAUUUCAUGUUGUGUUGUACGUUUUGUGCUAUGUGGAAUGUGUUGUAGGUAGAAAUGUGUGUUUGUUGUAUUUGGAUUUUUGUAUUCUCUUUAAUGCAAUAAAAUCUAGUCUUAAAAAAUUAGUUGGAAAUAUGAAGCUUUUUAUCUUUGGACAUCAUCUAUUUGGAUACUUUUAAGUUCCUUCCUACUAAGACCUUGAGUUGGGUAAUUGAUUCAGUGUUCAAAUCGCUUUUCUUAUAUCUUGGUUAAAAAAAAUAGGGAUGCUUUUUUGCAGUUUUUUUUAAUACCAUUGCCUCAGUUGAUGCAACUUUAAACUCAAUUGGAUUUCUUUAAACUAUUUAGAUCUAGUUACAUGUACACACUUUCACACAGACACAAAACCCUUUUCUAUUUUAAAUGAAAGAGCUGCUAGGAGGAAGACUCUGGCCCCAGUAAAAUAUCCUGAAACCACAGUUGAAGACAUCAUUUAGAAACACUACCACUCCCUCUUGCUGACAGCUGCUCACUUGGACUAUUUUUAGAGCCAAUAGAUUUGUGAGGGAAAGGAAUGACAUUCCAUAUCUGUCCCAUGGAACAAUUCAGUGUCUCUGACAAAGCUGCAUGAUAGUGAUUCAUCAUCUCUGACAAGACCUUUGACAAAGGCUGCAGAAGUAAACAGAAGUAUCUCAAAUCUUUUUUUAAAAAAAAAAAAACAAGAUAGAGAUUAGAGGAGGGCUGUAUGUUUAUCUCCAAGGCCCUGAAUGUCUUUAAUUUGUUCUUCCUGUGAUGGUGAUCUCCAGAAGGUCCAUUAUGUGAUUCCCCAAAUUCAUCCAGAACUGUCCUGUUAUGGGGGAACAUAACAGUUCUGGGAAAAGUAUACUCACCACAAACAUCCCUUGCAUUUGUGACCUCUCAUUUGACUCUUCAGAAGUCAACCAACUACUGAGUCAUUCAGUCACCAACCACUGAGCCACUUUUUAACAUUGUUGAAAGUGUGAACAUUAACAACAACAAAGAUAGACUAAUAGUUACAGCAAAUAUAAUCCAAAUUGCUUCAAAAACAGGUAGAUCAUUUGCUACAUACUAUAUUAAAUGCAAAGUGUGCAACUCAAGACAAGUCACUUUUAAAACUCUUUAACAGACUCAAUUUACAUUGCUACCCUUGCUACCAAUGGAGUGAAGCUUGAAAUCUCUCACCACUUGACUUAUAAUCUAAAAAUUAGGGAUGCUCCAGAUUAUUUUUAAAAGUAGGGGAUAUGAAAAUAUCCCAUUGGUUGCCAGUACAGCUUUUUUUCAAGGGAUGGGGCUAAAGGUACAAAAUAGAUCCAGUGGAAAGAUUAAACCUUUCUGUCCAUUGCAUGCAGGUCCUGAUGCAGUCUGCUUACUAGAAUUUAAAAAGGCAGUAAUCUUAUAUUGCACUCUAUUUGUUUAAACUAACACAUAGUUUGAACCAAACCUAUCCUUGAAGUGACUGAGUCCAAGAGUGAAAGAAACUGUGAGAGAAGCUAAUGGAAUGGAUGAGAUAAGGAACACAAUCCGUACAGCUUAGUAAGCUUUCCAAGGAAGGACUUUGUACACUGUUAUUCAGGGUUUCCUGUCAAUUUUUAACAAAAUCGCUGUCACUGAACUUUCAUGCCAAGGCAUUAAUGCUGGGAGAAAUAGAGACAUUGAAAAAAUGUAGAGAAAUUUUUUUGAAGGCUCUUACUUCCAAACACCUAAAUGACCAAUGAUGCUUAACAGGUUGAAGACUAGGUGUUCCAGGUAAGAGAGAAGCUUUCACCCAGUUUAUUCCUCAUGCUUAUUUUUAAAGGGAAAUAAUUUGCAGUUCUUUUAAGUAGCAACUAAUAGUGGGUCUUCUCAGGCUGUCAGCUAUUUGUAUAUUUUGAAGAGUUGCCAAGAAAAGCUUUUGUGUCAUGGUUGUGUAUGCUGUGCAGGCAAAUCCCAGCAGUACCAAAUCCUCUGUCGUUCUCCCCUGAUGUCUUGAAAUUAUGGUGGUAAACAUGGAAACUGACAAUAUGGUAUGGAGUGAACUGUUUUAAGCAAGAGUGACCUUAAAAAAUUCCCCCCAACAAAAGUAGGGGGCAUCCCACUGCUGCAGCAAAUAAGAAUUACUGGGCUGUUUCUGAGGGAGCAUUUGGGGGCUGCUCUUGCAAAUGAUCAAGGAUUUACAACUGGUUCCUUCAGGACAGGAGUAAGCAACUGCGAUGAGGAUACAAACUAUUUCUUCUCUCACACCAUAACUUGUGACCCAACUGCAGAUGACAUUAUGUCACUUCUAAUUCCAGAAUUUGGAGGGAAAGGCAAGGUAGCUGAAUUUUUACAUUUUUUCCAGAAUGUUAGGGAUUGUGGUAGGCAGGGGGAUCCAAACCACAAAGUUUUUUAGUGCCAAAAAUUUUGGUCAAAACUCCAACACCCCCCCCCCCCAAAAAAAAACUGAAUGGGAGAUGUAGGGGCUUCAAGGAUUAGAAAACACAAUCCCAGUAUGUUUCCAUGUACUACCUGCAACCUAUAGACUGUACUUUUCUCAUCCAGGCUUCAGAAUGAAGAGUUGAGGUUAUUUUUGCAUACAGAAUGAUAAUUUUAUGAUUGUUCAUAAAAGUAGCUGUUGUUGUAAGACUGUGGAUUCUGGCCCAUGGAAUUGACCAUCUUACUGCACAUCCUUAAAACUGGUUAAGAUCAAAUAGAUGACAAAGCAACUACAGAGUGGGUGAUUUACAUUGAAACUGUGGUUUUGUGUGAGUUUUCUGGCAGCAUGCAAAUACCAGUUUCUUUUCUGAGUAAGUUGAAUCAUGGUGGCAAGGUGAACAAAAACCUAAAAUCGCCUUGCCACUAUAUUACCACUGGUAUUUUUAAAAAAUGUUUCAUAUAUAUUAUUAAAACAACUGAAUAUGUCAGACAUACAGAGUUUUAUGAAGUUAUAGUCUAAAUGGUUUAAUGUUGUUCAUCUAGAUGCAGUCUACCUACUUUACUAAUUUCCUUCUUUCUUCAAACGUAUGGACUGAAUGUGUCAAGACCCAACAUUUUACUGAUAAUGGCAGAUGAUCUUGGGUAUGGCGAUUUGGGAUGUUUUGGUAAUGAUACCAUCAGGCAUGUCAUCCAGCUCAGAGCCUCAAGUCAUUAUCCGGACCGGUAGCUCGGGAGGGCUCCCCCCGAAUGAAACAACAUUUGCUAAGUUACUGCAGCAUCAAGGCUAUACAACUGGCCUUAUAGGAAAAUGGCAUCAGGGUGUGAGCUGUGAAUCACGCAAUGAUCACUGUCACCACCCUUUAAACCAUGGCUUUCAUUACUUCUAUGGCACACCUUUUACAUUGGUGAAUGAAUGUCAGUCUGGCAAGAAUCCUGAGAUAAGUGAAAAAUUACGAGCUACAUAUUGGUUUUAUACACACCUUGUUUCCCUCUUGGUGCUCACUCUUCUGCUGGGGAACAUUUUUGGUCUGACCUCUGUGAAAUGGAAAUCAAUUGCCUUUGUUGCAUUGUGUGGAUUCCUGUUUUUUAUCACCUGGUUUUCCUGUUAUGGGUUUUCAAGAUACUGGGACUGUCUCCUGUUGAGAGAUCAUAUUGUCACUGAACAACCCAUGAAGCUAGAGUCUGUAACUUCGAAGAUACUGAAAGAGGCUGUCUCAUUUAUUGAACGAAACAAACAAGGACCAUUUCUCCUCUUUGUUUCUCUCUUACAUGUCCACACUCCAUGUUAUACUACAGAGCUGUUUCAAGGGAAAAGUAGGCAUGGUUUAUAUGGAGACAAUGUGGAGGAAAUGGACUGGAUGGUGGGAAAAAUACUUGUUGCCAUUGACAAAGAGGGCUUAAGGGAUAACACUUUUAUUUACUUUGCUUCUGAUAAUGGAGGAUUUUUGGAGGCCAGAGAAGGGAAAGUUCAGUAUGGUGGCUGGAACAGUAUAUAUAAAGGUGGGAAAGGCAUGGGAGGCUGGGAAGGAGGAAUCCGUGUGCCUGGAAUAAUCAGGUGGCCAGGAAUAAUCCCUGCCAAUGCUGUCAUUGAUGAACCCACAAGUCUGAUGGAUAUUUAUCCCACAGUGGCUCAUUUGGCUGGAGCAUCAGUGCCACAGGACAGGGUAAUUGAUGGCAAGAACCAGAUAGCUUUACUGCAGGGAUCAAUGCAACACUCAGAGCAUGAAUUCAUGUUUCACUACUGUGGAGUGUACUUGCAUGCAGUGCGCUGGUACCAGAAAGAGAGUGGUGCUCUCUGGAAGGUCCAUUAUGUGACUCCCAAAUUUCAUCCAGAGGGGGCCGGUGGAUGUUAUGAAAGUAGACUCUGCUCAUGUAUUGGAGAUGGUGUAACCAACCACAGUCCUCCCUUGCUUUUUGACCUCUUACAUGACCCUUCUGAAGCCAAUCCGUUGUCACCAACAACUGAGCCACUUUUUAACACCAUUGUAAGUCGCAUUGAAAAAGCUUUGGAAGAGCAUAAAAAGACACUCACUCCUGUCCCAGAACAGCUUGAUGUGUACAAUGUUAUAUGGAAGCCAUGGCUGCAGCCAUGCUGUGGGACAUUCCCUUUCUGUUGGUGUGAUGAUGAAAUUGGCAGUGAUCCCACAAUUAAUCAGAUAUAGAUUGCUAAAGGAACUGUUUUGUCUACAAUAAACACUUCUGCUGCGUAAAACAUGAUGUCUAUUCCAUACAGCUGACAAGGAACUGGGGUUUGUUCUACAUUCCUUGAUUAAUGAAAGGGGGAAGCUAAGUAAAAAUCUGUUUGUGUUAAGAAUUUCUUAUGCAUGCAGUAAAAAAAUGUGAUGUUGAAAGCUGUGUAAUGGCUAGGAUAUUGGACUAAAACUGGAGAGAACUAGGUUCAAAUGGCCACUCAGCCAGGACCCUCAGAGGGUGCUUGGGUCUUUCACAAUCUCCCUGCCCAAGCUAUCUUACUUAUUUUUAUCCUUGUUGUGUAAGUAUUAAAAGUUGAAGGAAGACCAUGUUGGCUUGAUUUUGGGGGGAGAAAAGGUGGGAUGCAACUGUAACAAAUCUUAUAAACUGAGGAAUUUUGUUUACUGAGUUUUUAAAAGUAACAAAUUCAAGUCAAAAGAUUUUGAAACACUAAUGUAAAAACACCUAACUGUACCAAACUGGAUACUUUUGUGCUCUGUUUGUAAUCAUAAUAUAUACCUGAAAACACA